AUGCUAAAGAUGCGGGGCGCCAAAUCAAUAGUGGAUUGCGUUAGCAGUCCCUUUUCAGCAGUUAUAAAAUUUCAGAAGCAAUUUGUUGAUGAUGUAAUUGUUAACGUUAAGAAAAGGAGUGAGGAGUUGGACCGUUACAAUCACGAAUGGCGAAACCGUAAGGUACGACUGUAUCUCGACCACCUGGAGGAGGAGUACCUCUGUUGUGUGUGUGGGAAACCUGGUGUAGAUCGGGAUUCAGAUGACACAGUAACAGAUGAAUUCAGUAUUAUUCAUAUGCCAAGCAAGGAAAGGAUUGAGCAGGCUAUUAUUUCCUCCGGUCAGUCGAGUGAAAGUGGUCAACAUACAGGUUUAGGGAAUUCUCAGGCGCUGAAUCCAGAAGUGUACGCACUUCUAGGUGUUCUCUCAACAUCUACGGAAAGGGAUACACGCAAAAUGGUAGCAAAAGUUCAGCACGCUAUUCUAAACCAGGAAGCAGCAGAUAAGCAGAGGGGCAAGAAAUCAUCUCACAGAGAUAAAGGAUUAAUGAAAAUUGAGGAGGCUGAUAUUGAUAUGUUUGAGGAGUUUUUCAAACGGCCUGUUCACGGGUACCUUUGUCUAGAGUGUCACAUUUCAGCGAAAAAAAGACUUGAUGCACUUACGAGUCAAAUCCAAGGUAUUCUCUUUAGAGGAAAAACCCCGUUUCUUCGUAACAGCUCCACUAAUGGCAGUUAUAUUGGUAAUACUGGUGUCGGUGGUGGUGGUGUUGGUGUUUGUGCUAUAGCUACGAUAAAAAGUCAAGGACAGGAGAGAACAUCGUCGAAAGUAUCUCCCGCCGCAAAGCACUCCAGAUUAGUUUCAAAUGUAAAAGAACACGAUCUUGUUACUCUUCCCGACGCAGCAAUAUUGUACCUCAGAGCAAAUGUCCGAUGCGCCGUAUGUAAACGGCGACAGGCUUGUUUCUUCAUUCGACAAAGUGUUGCCUUUCUCUGUCAGUUUUGUUGCGCGAGGGAUCGUUUUUAUCGAGACAACGCCGUUUGCAUCAAUGAUGAACUCAUGUCAAGAGAGACGGCGCACUUACUUAGGACAUUGGCGUACCAUUAUGAACGCACAAAAGGUGAAGACAAGGUUAAUCCAUUAUCCAGUAGCAAUGAGAAGAGUCGCGUCGAUCUAUUUCUCGAGUACAAUAAUAUUGACCUAGUUGCAGCGAUGCCACCGCUGUAUGUAAGUAUAGACGUGGAACCAAUGCUUCCUUACCCCCCGUCAUCAUUGGACCGACGAAGCGUUGCAGGGAACACGUCCGUUUCUCUCUUCAAAGGAAAAACGUUUUCUCUGAACCUCGGUGAAUCUGAUAUAUUGUGA